AAAAAAAAAAAAAAAAACAAAAAAAACAAAAAAAAAAAACAAGUGGAAAUGGUAGUGUAAAGAAAAACUGGUUAGUUUAUGACUGAGUAUAUUUUUAUAUGUAAACUUUUUCAUGAAGUAUUAUUUGAAUUAAUAAUUCAUGCAGUUUUCAGUAGAAGGCAAUGAUACCUACUUUGUUUUAUUACAUUAAUCUUGAAUGGUGGUACUUACACUAAAAAAAGUAUAGCUGAUGCCGAAACAGUGGGUGGAGAUUUUAGAGGCUUGCUUGAAGAUCAGCAUGGCAGUUCAAACUUCAUUCUCAAUAUGUUUCCAACUCAGAAAUUCUAAAAUAUACUUUCUAUAAGGUUUCACUUAUGCAAACCAAAAGUUUGUCUCAAAGGAGAAAACCUUUCUGAGUAAUUGGGCAAUAUUUAGAUAUUAAAAGAAAAAAAAUUCUUAAAUGGGUACAUACUUGCACAUGAUUCUUCAGGUCAAAUUCAUGAGAAAGGUGCUACUGGAGGUAUUUUAGGUCUUAACUGGCUCCCACAAGGAGAGUGAAGACUUUUAACUUUUUGUGUGGUAGGCAGUAUGGGCAGAAAGUUAGAAUUGCUAUUAACUUGAUGAGCAGUGCCAAGAGGGUAGGAUGACUUACAUUAUGUAGAUGUACCACAAAUUUGUGUAAGCAGUGCAUGCUAUCUUGUAUUCAUAGCUCAAGCCUGAAAACCAGUUCUUUGUCCCUGGGUAUAACAUGCUUGUUCUUAUAGAGAGAAAUUAAGCUGUACUUUAAUAUUAUAUAUUAAAUGAUUAAGAGGUUAUAUUCCAGUAUGACAGUAUCCACAUCCAAGAAUGUCUUACUUGUAGGAGUCAUGCUGCUUUCAAGUGUGCACAUGGUGAUUCUUUUGUGCAGACUUCAGAGGAGGUCCCAGCACCUGGGCAGCAUGAGUCUCCUCUGCCCAACAGCCUUCCCAGAGUAAAAGGCCACCCAGACCAUCCUGCUGCUGGCUCCACAGCGGCCUCGAGGUCUUGCAGCAGGAUGUCAUAGAAACUGCUUCAUACUUGUGGAGAAAUAAACACAAUUCUGCUGUGAGAAUACGACACUCAGGAGGAGGGAGCGUGUGGAGCUCUUUGGAAUCACAGUGCUCUGCCUGAGGAACGGGGUGUCUGUCCCUGGCGGUGGAGCCAUGAAAUCAAGGCUGCUUUGCACCAAGUGCCGGGAGAGCCGUCUUCUCAUCCCCAUCAGACACAGACGUUUCUGUUGAGGAGAAGCAUCUGCUCUUCAUGUCAGUUCCGCACCUGGACCAGGCCUCAGCCCUGUUUUCUUCAGGACCUCUCAGGUUGAUGGGUGAGGAGACCCGUGGGAGGAGGACUUAGAAGUCCGGAGGCUGAGUGCCUUCUAGUUGUGCACAGAAACACCCUGUACGUGUCUUCCUUAAUUGCAGAGUGUUCCUGAUGUCAUGGGCACGUAGGAACCAGAGAGGAACCUCUGCCCUGGACCUCUCUCUGCUGGAUCUCAGCUGCCUCAUGUUUCCUGGUGCUGUUUUUUUUUUUUCUUUAAGAGUUUAUUCAAGUCAGAGGUAUCUGCAUUUAUAGCUUCUUCCUGAUAAUUCUUUCCUCUCCUGAUGGAGUUUCAUUUCUCCUGUGUUUCAGGAAAUGCCUGGGGUGGGGUGGUGUCCCCCAUUGGAUUCUAGUCUGAGGGAGUCUUCCAUGAUGGAAGUAGAUCUGUGUGUGAAAUGGAUACAUGAGUGAGUGUUGAGGGAGACGUUGGUUAACAGAUGGACAUUGCAGCCAUCCGGCGCAGUGGGAUGCCUGCAUCCCACACUGGAGUUUCUGGUUUGAGUUCAGGCUCCUCUUCUUCUGACCCAGCUUCCUGUGAAUGCGCUCCAUGGGUGGCUGACACUCAUGCAGAGACCGGGUUUGAGCUUUGGGCUUCUAGCUUUGGCCGAGCACCGCCUUGGCUGAGUCACACCCGGAGCAGAAGAAGCUGACUGAAGUGGGCCUGGGGCAUCAGAAUGACGCUGGAUGCGGCAGGGUGCAGAUGUGUCCCGUGGCGCCAUGGCGACGGCCAGUGGGGACUGCGCCUGCGUCCUGCACUUUGACCCGGAAGUGCACACGCACGCAUGCAUACCCCGACUGCCCGCCAGCGCUCUUGUAGGAGUCAGCACCGCGUCCGCUGCUGCCCAAGAGCCUGCACAAGCUGUGAGGAGCCGUGCUCGACGCUGCUGGCCAAGACUGAGGGAGACCCAGCGGCCCCAAGGUCAGGCCAGGAUCAGGAGAGGCUGCAUGUCUGAGGCUGCAGCACUAUUUCCCAGGCGCGGUUGUCUUCUUCAGCCCCUUCCGGAAGCAACGGCCUUGGCAGACCUCUAUGCCGCCAGCAGACCGGGCCCCCUUGGAGGUGGGCAAGUGGGAGAACCAGACCCUGAGCCCAAGGCCCACGGUGUGGCCCUGGUACAAGUCCUUCUCUGACUGUGAGCUGGAUCACAACCACCUGAGCAUCGUCACCCUGGAGGAGGCCCCCUUCGUCAUCGUGGAAGACAUCAACCCGCUGACUGAGGCCUGUGUGCGGAACACGGUGCCGUGUCGGAAGUUCAUCAAAAUCAACAAUUCAGCUAACAAGGGGAUGAACUUUAAGAAAUGCUGCAAGGGGUUCUGCAUUGGUAUCCUGAAGAAGCUCUCCUGGACGGUCAAGUUUACCUAUGACUUCUACCUGGUGACCAAAGGGAAGCAUGACAAAAAUGUCAACAAUAUGUGGAUUGGAGUGAUUGGGGGAAGUGGUUACCACAAAGCGGUCCUGGCAGUGGGCUCGACAACAUCAAUGAGGAGCGUUCUGAAGUGGUGGAAUUCUCCGUGCCCUUUGUGAAGACAGGGAUCAGUGUCAUGGUUUCAAGAAGCAAUGGCACUGUCUUGCCUGCUGCUUUUCUAGGUAGGUGAACAUCAUAGGGAAUCCUGCUUCGCUAUAAGAAAUUAUAGUUUGCUGAAAGCAUGGGACUGGACCAGACCUAGCUGUUUAGCAUGAUUUGCCCACAUCAGCAUGUUCCAGAGCAUGUUGCAUUUAUAUUAUCCCAACUCACACUCCCCCACCACCACUCCAGUUCACAGCUCUCAUUAAUCCUGUUACAAAUCUCUGCUGAAAACUACUCUCAUAUAUUCAGAUACCAGUCUUCACUCUAGAAUGCAAAUUAAUGAAUAUAUGGCUUAGAGCCUUGAAAAUAUUUAAAAACUUAAACCUGGCUGUCCACAGUUAAUUUAAAUCAGUGCAUAAAGCUUUAUUCAACAUCCAUGUACACAUCUUGCAUCCCAUGCUGUGGGAUAAA